UUUUUGUGUAAUUGUUUUAUAGGGCAGAUUAUACCAGAAAGAAGAUUUGUAGAAGCAAUAAAUCGUCAGGCACAUCAGUAUGAAAUGGGUGACUUUCCAAUAGAGUGGGAAGCAUGGAUAAGGAAGAAAAGAAAGGAUCCACCCACCACUGAGGAGAUUCUUAAGAAUGAAAAUUAUAGAGAAGAAAUGAAACAGAAAAUCAAAGAUGUAUCUGAAAAGGAUAAGCUGCUUCAGACCAAGGAAUACAAGGAGGGACUUGUUGCUGAACCAGCUCAUACUCAUGUUAAAGGCCACGCAUCUGCCCCUUACUAUGGCAAGAAAGAGCCUUCGCAAGAUCCAAUGAGCACUGCAAAUACCUUUCAGCCAGGCUCCUGGAUGCCACCAGGCAGUGGUAGUAAUAAUAAACAACAGUAAUCUGCAGCUAUUGCUAAUGGAUAAAUAUUCUAAGAGACAACACAAACAGCUGUUAUAUAUAUGUGUGCAAUAAAGCAAUAUUAAAGCAGUUUAUUUUUGCAUAACUGUUCAAAUAGGUGUUACCAAGACAAAUGACUGUAAAAUGUUUGAGUUUACUGAAAAACAGGACAUGUUACUAAAUAAGUUUGUUUUCGAUGGUGGUUCAUCAGUUACUCUUGAACGUGGAAGGUUUUCUAGCUAACUUAAUUUUCUUAAAUAAUUCUAAAUUGUUUUUUACUUGAAAAUUCAUUUAUUUUUACAUAGUGUUUGAUGUAAUAAAUUUUAGUUAAUCAGUACACUUAAAUUUUCCCAAACCUAGGUGUCAGUUUAAGAUAAUUAUUCAGAGUGUUUGUUAAGUCCCUUGGCAGUGCCAGUGUGCUUUUCUCUGGCAAGUGGAUGGAAAAAUUUAUUUCAUUAACAGGACUCACCAUGACACUACACUGACUACACACUGUAGUAACCUUGGAGACAUUCUUCCUAGAUUUAAGAAAACAAUCAACAUAUUUGAAUGUUUGAUUUGCAGCCAGCAGUAGGCACAGAAUAAAAUCAGGCUGAGUCCAACUACAGAUAACUACUAUAAUAGAGGUUAGAAGCACUUGGUAAACCUGCUGGAAAAUAACACAGCGUUUGGGACAAGGGACUGUCAAUAAUAAUAUUGAAAAAAUAUUUCUAGUGCAUGUGGGGACUUCCCUAAAUCAUUAGCUAUAUUUAGCCGCAGAUCUCAUUUGCUUAGAGAUGAUGUUUGAGAACCUAAAGUCAAAAUAAAGACCACACAGCUUUUUGAAAAAAGUAUCAAAUUUAUUUAUGCAGUGCAUCUUUCAUCAGUUCUCCUCCAUGUGUUUUAAGCUAUGUAGGUAUCAAAGGUGGAACACAUACACAUGUGACAACACUUGAUAACAAAAAGGUGGAGACUUGAACCCAUGUAUUUAUAAAAUGCCAAAAUGCCAUAUUCUAAUAACCUUGCUUUGACCAACAAAAUUGAAAGGGGAUCAACAAUACUUCACAUUUACUGUAAUUCAUCCCCACUUGUAAUCCCCCUUCGUGUCAGGCAGCUCCACAGUUCUCAUUUGGACAAUGGUAUUAUUUCAAGGUUUUA